AUGCCCGCCAACUUCCACGACGACCUGUUCGCCGCCGAGGCGAUUCGUGAUCCAUACGGCUACUUCGGGGCGUUGCGGUCGGAGGCGCCGGUCCACUGGAACGAGCAGUACCAGAUGUGGGUCGUGACCAGCUACGAACGGUUGGUGUGGACGGCCCGGCAUCCGGAGUAUUUCUCCUCAGAGGUGGCGCUGCGAGACAACAAGCCGCCGUCGCCCACGAUUCCCGAAGAAGACAUGGAGCUCUUCGGAGCCGUGCGCAAUUGGGCGGCGGCCCGCUUCACCCAAAACGACGGCGCGAAGCACAAGGAGAAGCGCAAGGUCGUGCACGGGUACUUCACGCCCAAGGCCAUGGAGACCUGGCGUCCGCUGGUCCGGCAAACGGUGAACGACCUGUUGGACGAUUUGCAGGGCGCGGGCAGAAUGGACGUGAUGCACGACUUCGCCACGCCGCUCACGUACACCAUCAUCGCCGGGCUAAUGGACAUACCGCCCAGUGACCGCGCUUUCGUCAAAGAACUGUGCGGUCAGAUGUGCGGGCUCGAUGGCAACCAGCCGGACCGGAUCAGGAUGUAUGCCGAAGGGGUGCAGGCGGUGACCGACUACCUGGCUCCGAUUGUUGCCGAACGGGUCCGCGACCCGGGCGAUGACCUGCUGUCGGUGAUCUGCAAAGGCGAGAUCAUGGGCGCCUACACCCGGGACGAGGUGUUGGCGAACGCACUGCUGUUGCUGGUGGCCGGCCACGAAACCACCAACGACCUGAUUUCCAACGGGGUGCUGGCGUUUGCGCAACACUCCGACCAAUUUGACCUGCUGCGAACCGAUCCCGACGCUCACAUCGUAAACGCGGUGGAAGAAGUGCUGCGAUACGACUCGCCGCUGAAAUCGAUCCAGAGAAUUGCUACCCAAGACGUGGACAUGGGCGACGGGCAGACCGUCGGCAAGGAUGACCGCGUGCGCUGGGUGAUUUCGUCAGCCAAUCGCGACCCAGAGGUUUUCGAGGACCCCAACGGCCUGGACAUCACGCGCAACCCCAACCCGCACGUGUCCUUUGGAAGCGGGGUGCACCACUGCCUGGGCGCGACCCUGGCCCGGCUGGAGGGGCAGGAGGCGUUUGCGGAACUGGCCCGCCGGUUCGAGGGGUUUGAACUGGAAACUGACCCGAACGAGUUGGAAUACCUGCCCAGCGUGGGGCAACGCACUCUGCUGAACCUGCCGGUCGCCACGCGCUAG